GGAUAUACUGACGGAAUACGCUGAUACGACAGUGAUGAAGCCCUGCCACAAUGGAGCAACAAUGACAUUUGAAAGAAUGGAAAUAGUUACUAUUACCACCAACAAAAACGAGAAAGGGGAUGCUAUUGCGUUACUCAAAUUCUUUCGGCAACUGAAGGGGUGAAUCAUGCAGCAACGGUAGCAGGGAACGAAAAAGAAUAGCAAACAGAGCACAACCGAGGGUAUUUGGGUCAAAGACCGACAUGAUCAUCCGAAAGGCGUCGAACGGUAUAGCACUGGAAUAUGGUGGAACUGAAACAUCUGCGAUCUACGAUAGCGACUUGGGCAAGAAGCGAAUGCAUGAUGAAGAACUGAAGCUACCAAAAACAAUGCGGGAUAUGCUGUUGAUGAUUGCCGAAGAUAUCAAAUGGGAUUCUGAGAAACUGAAGGAAAUUGAAAUUGUCGGUUACGCACAUAGUGGUAAUAAAGUUUGAAAAUCUAUAUUCUAUGAUCUCUUACCUUUUUGUUAUUAUCGUUAAUACUAGUGAUCUAUAGUAGUCAUACUUUUAUUUUUUAUUCCUACUACUUUAUUACGCGUC